UAGAAAAUUGGUCAGAUUGAAAACGUUCGAUUGAAUUAGAAGAUUCUCAGUAAUAAGGGAUGUCGCUGCGUAGCCAAAUAGCCGAAGAAGGGAAUUAUGGGCUGUGGGGAUGAAUGUUUUUGGUAUACAAAAAGAAAGGAAGUCAGUUUUUUUAUAAAUCUGAAAAAAUGAUGAAGUUUACGGAAAGGCUUAACUGACACGAAUAAUUUUGAUGAGAAAAUUAAAGCGUUUUUCAUUCGAAUUUUAUUAAUAUGACAUAAACCAAACUGAUUUUAGUUAUUAAAAACUGAAAAAGUCCCGAUGCGAACAUCUGUAUCUGACGUCCGAUGGAUUAUUUUACUUAUAAUCGUUGCAGGAAUAUUUUCAGUUUGUUGCACACAAUGAUAAAACAAUCCAACUACAAAAGUUACUUCUGACAAGGAUUUAUAUAUAAAUAUAUAUGUAUAUACAUAUAAAAGACUACUAACUGUUCCUGUAUUGUCCAAAGAGUAGUUGAAUUUACUGAAGUCAUUUGAAGAAAGUCCUCUAACUGCAGCACAUAAUGUUUGGCAUGGAGAAAAUAGAAGAUUUGGAUCGAAUAAAACGUCUUCACCAACUGGAGGAGAAACUUACAGAUUUGAGGUCAGAAAUCAGUGUCGAUGGACUGUUGGAUGCAGUUCAAGCUCUGAUGAUGGACUGUGACCAUCCUGCUCUUCGCAGAAUGAAAAAUGUUGAAAAUUUUCUUGUGAGGCAUAAAUCAACACAGAAAGUUUAUGCUAUGAAAUUAUUAAGUAAAUUUGAGAUGAUUAAAAGAUCUGAUUCAGCAUUUUUCUGGGAAGAAAGGUUUAUAAUGGCACAUGCUAACAGUGAAUGGAUAGUUAAACUUCAUUUUGCAUUCCAAGAUUUCAAAUAUUUGUAUAUGGUUAUGGAUUAUAUGCCAGGUGGAGAUCUUGUAAAUUUGAUGAGCAAUUAUGAUGUUCCUGAGAAAUGGGCAAAAUUUUAUUGUGCAGAAGUAGUAUUAGCUGUUGAUGCAAUUCAUUCAAUGGGUUUUGUUCAUAGAGAUGUGAAACCAGAUAAUAUGCUUUUAGAUAAAAUGGGUCAUUUAAAAUUGGCUGAUUUUGGCACCUGCAUGAGAAUGGAUUCAGAUGGAUUAGUCAGAUCUGAUACAGCUGUUGGUACACCUGAUUACAUAUCUCCAGAAGUUUUAAAAUCACAAGGAGGAGAGGGACUUUAUGGUCGUGAAUGUGAUUGGUGGUCUGUUGGAGUUUUUCUUUAUGAGAUGUUAGUGGGUGACACACCAUUUUAUGCAGAAUCUCUAGUCGGUACAUAUGGUAAAAUUAUGGACCAUAAAAAUUCUUUACGCUUUCCAGAUGAAGUAGAUAUUUCAAAAGAAGCAAAGCAUUUAAUUUGUUCUUUUUUAACUGAAAGAGUUCACAGGUUAGGAAAAAAUGGAGUUCAGGAAAUAAAAAGACAUCCUUUUUUUCAAAAUGAUCAGUGGGAAUUUGAUAACAUUAGAGAAUGUGUACCCCCUGUAGUUCCUGAGUUAUCUAGUGAUGAUGAUACUAGCAAUUUUGAAGAAAUUGAAAAGGAUGAUAGUACAGAAGAAACUUUUCCAUCUGUAAAGGCAUUUGCAGGCAAUCACUUACCAUUUGUUGGAUUUACUUAUUCGGGAGAUUAUAGGCUUUUGUAUAAAGAUAAUGUCAAGUCAAAUGUAGAUGAGCCUGAUAAGACAAGGAUGGCCAAUAAUAUUUCUUCUUCGGAUGUACAAAACCAAAUAGAGAAGCUCGAAGGAGAUUUACUAAAGUUAAAAAGCAUAAAUGAAGAGUUAGAUCAAAAAUAUAGAAUUACUCUUAAUCAAUUAGAAAAUUUUGUUCAGCAAGAAGAAACAAUUCAGAAUUUACAGGGAGAAAAUAGAGAAUUAGAAAAAAAAGUUGCAUUUUUAAAGCAUGAUUUAAAAGAAGCACAAAGAAAAUUUGAAAAUGAAGUUGAAAAUCGCCGUAAAGGAGAAGCUAAAGCACAAGAGUUAUGGAAUAGAUUAGAACAGGAACAAGGUUUAAGAACACAAAUGUCUGUUUCUUCUCAACAAAUUAGUGAAAAAGUAGUUAAUUUAGAAAAGCAACUAAGGGAACUGAAUGAUAAACUAAAAACUGAAGCUGAUGUUAAUGUAAAAUUGAAGAAAGCUAAUGGAGAAUUAUCAUUGAAAAAUGCUAAUAAAGAACAGUUACUUCAAGAUUUAAAUGAAAAAGUAACUGCUUUGCAAAACCUGACUGCUGCUCAAGAAAGAGAAUUAAUCAAUCUUCAGACACAGUUAGAAAAAGAACAUAGUUCAUGGACUCAAGUGUCUGACAGAUCGCAAGAUUUAGAAAAUCGUAAACAAGCUCUUCAAAUUGAAUUGGAAAGAUUAAAAGAGAGAGAAGCUGCUACCAUGAAAGAAAAUAUUAAAAUUAAUAAUAGAUGUUUAGAAUUAGAAAAAGAACGUAAAAUGAUGGACGUCGAAUUGAAAAAUUUUAAAAAUAAAUAUGAACAAGAAGUAACUGCUCAUCAAGAAGAUGUUGCUGCUCUCACUGCUGACAAAAAGAAAUUACUUUCUUCAACUGAAGAGGCUAAUAUGGAAGCUAUACAAAAUCUUCAAACUAAAUUAAAUGAAGAGAAAGCUCUUCGUCAGAAAGCAGAAGCUGCUAGUCAAGAGAAAGAAUGCCAAAUAUCUGGAUUAACUUUUGAUUAUUGUCAAUUGAAACAGCAAAUACAGAAAUUAGAAGGAGAGUAUAGGCAAGAAUUAGAAAGGGUAAAAUCUCUAAGUAAUCAGUUAGAAGAAGAAUCACAAAAACGAAAUACACUACAAACAGAAAAUUCUCAUCAGUCUUCAGAAUUAAACUUAUUAAGAUCCAAAGAAAAGCAAUUAAAUAAAGAAUUAACUGAUUUACGCUCAACAAAGAAGAAUUUAGAACAAGAUCUUUAUAGACUUAAAGCAAAUAGAAUAAAUCAUCUCUUACAAUUAGUUAAUGCUGCAGUAGAUACCGAAGCAUCUGCUCGAUCGAUUGCUGAAGAAACAGUUGCAGAUUUGGAGAAAGUGAAAACAAUGAAAGAAAUUGAAAUAAAAGAAUUAAUAUCAAGACAUCGUAAUGAAAUAUCUAAUAAAGACACAGCAUUGCAAUUGGUGAAAGAUAAAGAAAAUGAAUAUAAGAAAAAUAUAGAACAGCUGACAAGAGAAAAGGAGGAAUUAAAUAUUAAAAUCAAAUCUCUACAGGAUGAUCUAAAUAAUGCUAGAAAUCAGAGUGCCACUGUUGAUGAUCGAAUACAACAAUUAAAUAAACAGUUAGAUCAAGAAAGAAUGUUGAAAAUGCAAGCUGUAAAUAAAUUAGCCGAAAUCAUGAAUCGUAAAGAUUUGUCUGGUAAGAAAAAUAAAACAAAUUCUAUCGAUCUACGUAAAAAAGAAAAAGAGUGUCGUAAAUUACAGCAAGAACUUACUUUGGAACGUGAAAAAUAUAAUCAAAUGGUUGCAAGAUUUCAGAAAGAAUUAUCUGAAAUACAGGCUCUUUUGAAUGAUGAAAGCCAGUCCAGACUAAAACUACAAAUGGAAUUGGAUUCUAAAGACUAUGUAAUUGAACAAUUACAAAAAUCCUCUCUCUAUAGUGAAACAGCAAGCAUAAACAGUGGCCCAGAUAAUGAUAUUGAUGAUGGAUUUCCUGAGUUUCGUUUAGAAGGAUGGCUUUCAGUACCAAAUAAGCAUAACAUUCGUAGACAUGGGUGGAAGAAACAAUAUGUCGUAGUAAGCCGUCGUAAAAUAAUUUUCUACAACAGUGAAACUGACAAGGCAAAUGCUGAUCCAAUUCUUAUUCUAGACUUAAACAAAUUAUUUCAUGUUAGAUCAGUGACUCAAGGUGAUGUUAUUCGUGCAGAUGCCAAAGAUAUUCCUAGGAUAUUUCAGUUGUUAUAUGCUGGAGAAGGUGAAAGCAGAAAACCCAGUGAUAAUACCCAUCCUCCAGAACUUCAGUUUUCAAAAGAGUUAAUGCAACCAGGAACUGUUGAACAUAAAGGACAUGACUUUUUUCCUAUAAAUUUUCAUAUGCCUACAGCUUGUGAAGUGUGUUCGAGACCUCUGUGGCAUAUGUUUAGGCCACCUUCUGCUCUUGAAUGUCGUAGAUGCAGAGUAAAAGUGCAUAAAGAUCAUUUAGACAAAAAAGAAGAAAUUAUCGCACCAUGUAAAGUUAAUUAUGAUCCUAAUUCUGCAAAAGAACUAUUGUUACUGGCCGGAAGUAUUGAAGAACAAAACUUCUGGGUAACGAGACUAAGGAAGAAAAUUGAAAAAUGUGGUUAUGCAGCCCAGCUUGAAGCUAGAACAUCACCCAGAUCAUCUAUGCGUUCUAUACACAAAUAUCAACCUCAGAAGUCUGCCACUUUACCUCCCACGAGUAGCAAUAAAAAGUAGAUAAAAAGUAAAAAUGCAAUCUUCCAUGACAUAUUGCUAUAAAAAGAGGACUUUUUUUGUUUUUUAUUUAUGUCAACCAUCUGUUGUGGUUUUCAUAAAUAAAAAAUUUAUGUAUUUAUGACAGAGUAUAUAUAAACUAUAUAUCUAUUGUUAUAAAAAUUUAAUGUUAAAGUAAUCUCUAGUAAAUUUGAUGUUUAUGAUUGUAAUUAGUAGCAUAUCUAGUUUUUGUACUGUUAUUUUCUGGCGAAAUGUCGGCAUUCUUUAAAUUAUCUUCAGAUAUUUAUAAGGCACAUUUUACUAUUAAAAAUCUAGCCAUUGCAGUUAAAUGAGUAUCAAUGAUCGGGUUCGUUGAAGUUAUUUAAAACUCAAAAGGGGAGAAAAAGAUUUUUUUAGUAAGAAGCAAUAAUGCGUUUAAUUUUUCUAUGGACUAUUUUUACCCAAACUAUAAUACGAGCGAUUGAAAAUAUGUAUAAUUAUGGUACAGUGUAUCGUUCGAGAAGUGGACGGUGGCGUCCAAAAGAUUUCUUUGUGCGUUAGCGUCGACAUUGUGUGCCACAAAAGUUUUUAAAAGGGACCAGGAACUUGGUUUGUAACUUUAACCUCGUCCAUAUCAAUUGCAUUUGUUGGCAUAAUAUGCAAGCGAGUUAACUUGGUAUAAAUUACCAAAUUUUUGAGUAUUAAAUGAUUUUAAAAUAUAACUAAUAUGCCAAAUAAGUGUGCCACAGUUUUAAUGUAAUAUUCGAAUAUAUUUGAAAUAGUCUCCGUCCCAAGAACAUGCUCAUGUCUAGAGACAUUUGUUAAUAGAAUAUUCCAGUUAGAAAUGUAAAUUAUUUACAUUGAAUGUUUAAUGUAAGCAAGAAUAAAAUCUUGCUGUAUAUAAAUAUAUAUAUAUUAAUAUCUUUAAAAUAUAGAACAUAUAUUAAAUUCAAAUUACUGUAUUUCAUCAAUCCAUAAUUUUUGUAUUUAAAUUUUGUUCUCUUAUUGCUUUACAAAAAGGGUGAGUCUGUUCUAGUUUAUAUUAUAAAAUAUUAGAUAUAAAUUUGCUCUACAAUUUUAUACAUUUAACAAUAUAAUUCUAUACUACAGAAUUUAAUGCAGAUAAAUAAAUAAAUUUUGUGAAGCGGGGAUAAUUCGAAUCGUCGUCUUUACGGUCUUCCACGGUUCUUCCCGUAAGUGGAAACUCGUAGAUCCUGUACAAAAAUAAUCGAGGACGAGAUCGGAAUCCCUCUUAUUUUUAGAAUAAAGUCUACUUUUCAUUUAAAUUGUUUAUAUUUAAUGAGGGAGAAGAUCUAAUCCUCGCAGGCUAAAGUGCCGUUGCUUAGCCUAGCUUUUGUUUAUAAUUCUGUAGUUAAAAUAAAAUGUUUUCAUUUAUAUAAAUCGGUGUAAGUUUUUUAUUAUUAUUAUUAUUUUGUUAUUGUAAAAAUUUAUUUAAUUAUUAUUUUAUAAAUUAAAACAUUAUAUAUAAAGAAUUAUUGAUGUUACUCAAUAAAGA